AUGGCAGAUCCAGUAAUUGGUGCUACAGUUCAAGUUGUGCUUGAGAAACUGCUUUCUCUCGCUAUUGAGAAAGUCAGUAGCUCAAGGGACUGCAACAAACAUCUCAGAAUGCUCACACAAAAUGUAUCCAUCAUUCAAGCUUUCAUUAAUGAUGCUGAAAGACGACAAGUUGACGAUCACGCUGUAGAAAAAUGGCUGAAAAUGCUUGAAAGAGUUGCUGAAAAUGCUGAAAAUGUGUUCGACGAAUUCACGUAUGAAUCUCUCAAAGCACAAGUGAUGCAGAUCCGAAAUAGCCCUAUGAGAAAGGUCAGUGAUUUCAUUUCUCAUACAGCUUUUAAGAGUAAAAUGUCUCGAAAAAUCAAAAACAUCAAUGAAGAGUUGAGGGUUAUCAAUCAGUUAGCCAAAGACCUCGGUCUCCAAUCACUAAUUGUUUCGUCUCAGCAAAUACUACCGUUUCGAGAAACAGAUUCCUUAGUAGUUGCUUCGGAUGUCGUUGGUAGAGACAACGAUGUUGCUGAAAUAAAGGAGAAGAUAUUGAACAUGAGAGAUGAAGUUGUUCUAUGCACCAUUCCCGUAGUGGGGAUGGGAGGUUUAGGGAAAACUACUGUAGCUAAGAGAAUUUUCAAUGAUGAAGAGAUCGAAAAACACUUUGAGAAGAGAGUGUGGUUGUGUCUACCUGAAAUGUCAGAGACUAAGAGCUUUCUUGAACAGAUCCUCCAAUCAUUGACAGAGAGGAAACUUGAGGUCCAGACCAGGGAUAUAAUAGUCAAGAAACUCCGAGAUGAACUAGGUGGAAAAAGGUAUUUGCUUGUCUUGGAUGAUUUGUGGCGUGUUGACCUUCCGGUAUGGGAUGAGUUCGUGGACAACUUGAGAGUAGUAAACACUUCUAGAGGAAAUUGCAUUCUCGUAACUACUCGCAUGAAACAAGUGGCAUCCACUGUAGCGGUAGAUGUUCGUGUGCUGGGAAAGUUAGCAGAAGAUCAUUGUUGGUCCAUUUUCAAACAAAGAGCAUUUGUUGAUGGGGAGGUUCCAGAAGAAAUGGUGAGCAUGGAAAGCAGGAUUGUUGAAAUAUGUCAAGGUUUACCGUUGGCUGCAAGUGUGUUGGGAGGCCUUUUACGCAACAAGGAAAGACAUGAAUGGCAGGCAAUCCUUUAUGGCAACCCCCUUGUUGCAGGUGAAAAUGAUAAUGGGGAAAAUAGCUUAAGGAAAAUCCUAAAACUUAGCUAUGAUUAUUUACCAUUUCCACAUCUGAAAAAAUGCUUUGCCUACUUUGCAAUGUUUCCAAAAGAUUUUGUGUUUGGAAAGGACCAACUAAUCCAACUCUGGAUGGCGGAAGGCUUUCUUCGUCCAUGUCAAGAGACCCCUGUGAUGGAAGACGUUGCGAACAAGUAUUUUCAACUUUUGUUGCAAUAUUCCUUGCUGCAAGAUGUUGAGCUAGAUGAGCACAACAAUAUAAGAUACUGUAAGAUGCAUGAUCUUGUGCAUGAUUUGGCUGGAGAUAUUUUAAAAUCUAAACUAUUUGAUCAAAAGAGUAUUGGAGGAGAAAAUCUUUCUCGAGGCCGAUACUUUGGAUGGGACUCACCAAGUGAUCAAAUUGAUAUGAUAAAUGAGCUAGGACGUAUAUGCACAUUGUUCUCGAGAAACAAUAUAUCCAAAGAUGUUCUAUUGAGCUUUCAGUUCUUGAGAGUUCUAAAUUUUUCCAGGUCAGGCAUCAAGGAGUUGACAGCCUCAAUUGGCAAACUAAUAUACUUGAGAUAUCUUGAUCUCUCCAAUACUAAUAUCAAAGCCUUGCCUAACUCCAUUUGCAAGCUCUACAAUUUGCAAACAUUUAGAGUAAGUAACUGCUUUUUACUCGAGGAGCUUCCACAUGAAAUGGCGAAUAUGAUAAGUUUGAGACACAUAUAUUACAGCAAUGAUUUCAGAUCAGACUCUAGAAAAUGGUGUUUCGGCAAUCAGAACUUUCAGAUGCCACUUAAGAUGGGACAAUUGACUUGUCUUCAAACACUACAGUUUUUCAAGGUAGGUUCAGAGAAAGGUCGUCGAAUAGAAGAAUUAGGUUGUUUGAAGAACCUUAGAGGUGAAUUGAUGAUCAGAGAUCUUCAAUUGGUCUGUAAUAGAGAAGAAGCUGUAAAAGCAUGUCUACGGGAGAAACCAAAUGUCUCCAAGUUGGCAUAUUUAUGGUCCCAUGAUGAAUCAGAAGACUGUGAGGUCAAUGAUGAGUAUGUUUUGGAUGGUCUUCAACCGCAUACUAACUUGAAAAAUUUAGUGGUAGUGAACUAUUUGGGGACUAGAUUUCCUUCAUGGUUCAGUGAAGAAUUGUUACCAAAUUUGGUCGAGUUGAAAUUAAGUGGUUGCAGAAAGUGCAAGGAAAUUCCAUCGCUUGGCCAACUUAAACUACUUCGGCAUCUUGAGCUGAUAGGAUUCCAUGAGUUGGAAUGUAUUGGACCUACAUUUUAUGGUGUUGAAGUUGACAAUAAUGGAUCAAGCAACAAUAACACCAAUAUCCAAGUGUUCCCGUUACUCAAAGAACUAGUAUUGUGGAAUAUGCCUAGCCUUACUGAGUGGAACGAAGUGCAGUUGUUAUCAACAGGUAAUGAUGGUAGCGACAGAUUUGGAGUAAGAAUGUUUCCUGGGCUGGAGAAGUUGAGGAUUAUUAACUGUCCACUGUUAAAAAGUAUACCGAAUCAAUUUGAAAUGCUGCGUGAAUUAAGCAUCGAUGGGAAUCAAAUAAUUGAAUUUAGAAUUGAGUUAUUUUCAUCAAAGUGUGGAAAACUAGAGCAUCUUCCAUCCAGAUAUUCCAUGCGAUGCCUCACCAAAUUGCGGUACCUGGGAAUUAAAGGCCGUGCUCACAACUUGACAUCUCUCGUAGAUCUUAUUGUGGAUGAUGUGAGAGAGCUCACUUGUUUUCCAGAUGAGAUGCUACAUAACAAUGCUUCCCUUGAACAUCUACUGGUCUUAAAUUGCAGAGAGUUUCGCGAAUUGCCACAAAGUUUAUACAAUCUCCGUUCUCUUCAGAAAUGA